AUGUCCACAAAGACGCACGUCGAAACGCGUAGCAAAAAAAUUAUAAAUAAUCCGUAUGCUGUAGUUGACGAAGCUUUAAAUGGCGCGGUUCUCUCCAACAAUGAUGUGCAAUUACUAAAUGGCCAUCGUGUUUUGAUACGACGCGAUGUUGAUUGUGUUCGUGAGCGAAGUUUGGUGGCAUUGAUCUCUGGUGGCGGAAGUGGUCAUGAACCAGCGCACGCUGGAUUUGUAGGCCAUGGUGGAUUGACAGCUGCUGUUGCUGGUGAUGUAUUUACUUCACCUCCAACAAGAUCAGUUCUUGCUACCAUACGUGCUGUUGGUGCCAGUAAUGAAGGUGGUGUUUUGCUAAUAGUUAAGAACUACACUGGUGACAGGUUAAAUUUUGGUAUGGCCGCAGAACGGGCCAAACAGGAGGGUAUCAAAGUUGAUAUUGUUGUUGUAAAUGAAGAUUGUGCUUUGGCAAGUGUAGAUAAGACUUCUGGCAGAAGAGGAUUGUGUGGUACUGUCAUUAUUCAUAAAAUAGCAGGUGCGAUGGCAGAAACAGGAGCAUCAUUGGAGGAAAUGGUUCCAUUUUUGCAGGACACUAUCAAAAACAUGGGUACAAUGGGUGUAAGUUUAUCACCAUGCUCCAUACCAGGAUCACAGCCGUCAUUUCAUCUUGCGGAUGAUGAAAUUGAGCUUGGUCUUGGUAUUCAUGGGGAAAAAGGUGUGGAAAGAAUUAAGCUCUUAACAGCCAAGCAACUUGUGCAAAGAAUGGUGGAACAUAUGAGUACAGAAUCUGAGGCAGAGACCAAUAAAUUUUACCUAAAGAAAGGUGACAAACUUGGUUUAAUGGUAAAUAAUCUUGGAGGAACAACUCAAUUGGAAUUAUAUAUUGUAGCAAAAGAAGCAGUCCAGUAUUUGAAAACAAAAAAAGGUGUUGAAGUUGAGAGAAUAUAUGUUGGUACUUUUAUGACAUCUUUGGAGAUGGCUGGUGUUUCAAUAACCUUGCUACAUUUGAACGAAGAUAGAAAGAAAUAUUUAGAUUUUGAAACAAGGAUUCCUGGAUGGCCCCGGGUGUUUGGUGAUCAAAAUACUCCCAAUCCUCUUGAAGGUUACGAACCAGUAAACAGGGAGUCUGGAGAUGACAUGAAAGUGAAAGGACAAGCAUUAACAUCAGGAGGUCGUAAAUUAUACAACUGCCUGUUAAAGAUUGCAGAAACCUUAGAAGCCAAUGAAGAACGGCUUAACAAUUUAGAUCGCUUGGCAGGUGAUGGAGAUUGUGGCUCAACAUUAAAACGAGCUGCCAUAGGCAUAAAAGAUACUUUAGGAAACAUAGAGAGUUGUGGUAUUCCUUGUAAUACUCCAUACCAGGCCCUUAUUGUUCUCUCUGAUAUCAUUGAGGACCGCAUGGGAGGAUCAUCAGGAGCGCUUUAUAGUUUAUUUUUACUGGCUGGUGUUGAACAAAUCAAAGAUAAUGUUGAGCCAAUGCAGUGGUGUAAAGCCUUUGAAUGUGGAAUACAAGCAAUAAUGAGAUACGGUGGAGCUCAAGAAGGUUACAGAACAAUGUUGGACGCUAUGUGUCCCGCUGUUCUGGAGUUGAAGAAAGGUCUAAAGAACUCUGAUAAACCUCUGGAAUCUUUUCAAAAAGCAGUCAAGGCUGCCGAGGAUGGUGCACAGAACACGGCUAAAAUGCAGGCCCAGGCCGGCCGUGCGAGUUACAUUGGGUCUAGUAUUUUAUCGGAACCAGAUCCUGGUGCGGUUGCUGUUGCAUUAUGGAUGAAUGCGAUUUGUGCAGCUUUAAAAUAAUGACAUAAAAUGCGAAUAUGAAUGUGAAUAUGUGGAAUGUGCCCAGCUAAUUCUGUAAAAUGCUUGUAAAAGAUUAAUAAAAACCCUCUUGCCAUAAGGCUAACGAGUAGGAUAUUCAUAGGUAUGUAUACAAAUUAUUUUUUGCAAGGUCCUGAUGGAAUUUAGAAAAUCUGAAUACGCCGUCAAAUUCUCCAGAGCAACUUGCAUCUUUUUAUAGCAAAUUUUGUAGGGUUUCGUAACUAGGUUAGAAAAGCAAAUGUUGUUAGGACAGAGUUCAAGCAGUGUCAUCCAAUUCUACUCAAUGAAUGUUUACGCCAAAUUUCGUCACAUCUAUAAAUCGUUUAAAGGAAAUUAGGUUUCAAUAAAUCUGGUGAAACAUUCACACUCUUGCCAUCUGGUGAGACGCUUGUUUGUAUUGUUAUGGUAACAAUUGAAAACAAGGAUAUAAUAGCCUCAAGGUCAGGAACUUACGAACUUGUAGGGGAAUCUCUAAAUGAGUUUUGUAAAACAAACAAUAUGUAAAUUUUUAGUUUAAUCCUUCGCUUAUUCCAGUGUUUUCCAGAGGUGUUGAUUUCAUUCACUGACAUUAAAGAGACUCAUGUAAGUGGUUAAUUUGGAAUUAUACGUCAAAAAUAUGC